UUUUGUUCGGUUCUAUGAAAUAUUUGUUUCUAUGAUCUUAUUGUUUUCAAUUCGGUUUGCUGUUAUCUAAAAAUAUAAAGUUUCAGUUACGUGGGGAUUAUAAUAUUGCCCUUACUACAUCGCUGAAUUGAGCAAAGCUUUUUAUUGAUGGCUUAUCAACCACCAAGUGUACGUCAAGAGAUGGCAACACGGAAAAUUCUUGAAGAGUUACAGCUGAAAAAACAAAUGUUACUAAAGCAAGGAGUGGCCCCAACUUUGAGUUCCCAGAAUUUGUCAUCAAUCCCGAUGGGCGGAGGGCUGACCCCCGACGCGCACAUGAUGUCCUCUGCCCAGCGCACGGCCCUCCAGAACGCCAACAGCCAGUCGUACGGCUUCUUCAUCACCCAGGACUCGUCGUUCGGCAACCUGAUCCUCCCGGUGCUGCCCCGCUUCGAGCCCAAGCCGUGA